AUGUCAACACACCACGACACUAAAGUGACGUCACUAAAUCGCUCGCUCGUUCCGCACUGUCUCUCCCCUCUACCCGCGAUCCAUCACCUCCCAUCUUGUUGGCUGUUUUUAGUGCCAGUUUUUUUGGAUUACACUAUUAUUUGGAUUAACACCACUUUGGAUUAUCGAUUUUGGACUCGAGGCGGUACUGGUAGCAUGUGUUGAUGCAACCUUUGGAAACCAUCAUUGUGAUCGAAG